AACAUGGAACCCAAAAAGUUGGGUCUGUUGAAAGAGCUACUGGAACGCGAUGCCUUGCAGAAUGAUCCAUACACCAAUACGGAUGCAGACGGGGAUGGGCGUAUCCAAUCAACAAAAGAGCCGUCAGUGGUGCUGAUGGGAGCUGUAGUCAGAGCUUUGGAGGCAGUCCUGUACAGACUUAGCGGAGAGAGCUGGCAGCAGCAUGACAUGACCGCAGCACACUGCCACGCAGACACCAGGGAGUGUGAGCUGCACACAGGCUACACACAGUUUUCCUCAGCCAACAUGACCAAACCUGCAUCAGGCCAUGAGACAGGACCACCACCUCAUGAUCUAGUACACCUACAGAGCACAGCCCCCUGUCUGAGUGAGCAGGACCUGUCCAAACUAGUGGCAAUGACCCCUCUGUCCAGGACCCUGCAGGAGAUACAGGAGUCCCUCCAGAACCUAUCUGGUGUAGACAGAGCCAGUACUGACAAGACCACAGAGGACCCAGCAGUGCACCUGAUUCCCGUUGCCCUGGACAACCUCUCCCCACAGCACUUUGCCAUCUUCCUGUUCGGCUGUCAUGUUGUGAAACUGCUUUGCAACACCCAAAUCUUUCCCCCUGUCAUGCUGCUUCUGUCCAAAACGGUUCCUGUAUCAGCCUACGAGGGCCUGGUGUCACACUGCAGUGGGGACUUUUAUUUUGACACCACCAACCAGAUUCUGUAUCUCCGUGAGGCAAAGCUUGAGAGUGUGGGACAGUUUAUUGCCACUCUCCUACAGUCUAUGGCCUAUAUUGCUUCAGGUUCCAAGCCUGAACGCUUCAUGCAAGUCCUCCAUCAUGCCAUCUCUGCUUUGAGCCUUCAGCUGUUUAACGCCUCUUUCAGAUAUGAUGCAAACAAGGCGGAGAGGGACACCUCACUGACCUCAGACCAGUCUCCUGGGAAGUUAGUAGAGGACUUUCUCAAUGUCCGUGUCCCCACUGAAAGCCAGUUCACAGAGCACCUCUUGUCAGACAGACUCCAACGAUAUAAGUAUUUCAAUGUGGAGCAAAUCGUGUGGGAUCUUAAGCAAUUUCCAGCAGAGGACACUGAAAAGGGACCUUCUCAACAACGUUUAAGAACACCAGUCCAAGCUCACUGUUUGGAGAAGGAGAUGGACCAUCUGAAUGAGGUUUUCCUGCAGCUCAGCGUUCAACUCCAGAAGAGGACCCAGGGUGCAACACCCGAGAAGGCCCUGAGUCGUAAUGGAACAAUGAUGUUAGAGCUGAAGAGACAGUAUGUAUCCCGGAGGCUCGACGAGCUGCAAAUCAUAUUAAAUGGGAUGAGCCGGCGCCAGCUAGACGGCCAGAGUCCAGAGGAAGAGGAGCAGACCCGAGAUCACCCACAACCAGAGCCAGACAACUAUAGAUCAGACGGUCAGGAGGAACAAGAUCAUUCUCCAGACCAGGAGGACCUAGACAGCAGGGUACCAAAGAACCAUAAACUAGAAAAUAACCAGAGCCCGUACAAUCAGGAAGUAGAAAGCCAGGGACCAAGCAGUCAGAUGACAAAUAUGGGUAAAACAGGCUUCAUAGGACUAGAUGUAUGGGAAUAAGCCAGCAUGUGACAAUGGGAUACUGGUUGUGUGGUUUUGGUGUGAUUUGUCUCGUGAUUUUGUGGAUCACAUGUACAGUUUAGUGUGAAUAAUAGAUGUAUAAUAGGUUCGUCACAUCUGAUUUAAUCAAACUUAUCAUUUCAUUGGAGUGAUAUUUAUUAAAGAUAUGAAUUAUGCUUUUA